CCACCAAAUGUUUCAGGAAAUGAUGUCCACUCAAACUAGGACAGAUCGCGCCGGAUUAAGCGUUAAUCUGAGUCUACGGCGCAUGCGCAGAAACGCGCGCUAGCGGCCGCGCUGGACAAGGUGCGCGUUCAGAGGAGAAACUAACUAACGGCUGCGACCGCGGAUCACGAGAAAACAUCUGAGGAGACAUCUCGCUGCCGGUGGAGGAUCAUUUUCACUUCAGUCUUGAGCGUAAUGGAAGACGUUUCCUCAAUUUUGCGCAAUCGUUUGCGUGAUCUGCUCUCAAACGCGCGUCGCGCGCAGAUUACGCUUAAUUUGAGACGCCAGGAGCGGAUUUGAGGAAACCGACGCGUUUACUGUCAGUCUGACCAUUAAAAGUGACUUGCUUUGGUUUAAGAUUGAGCCAGAUGCUGCUGAAAACUGACUUGAGAGGACAUCUUUCUGAAAACUCAUCAAGAAACCAUCAUCUCUUUUAUAUUAAGACUGUAGGAUCGACAGAGUGAUCCAUGUUUGUUCUAAACCUGGAUAUGCAAACACAUCAGAACCAGACCCGAAGUCUGUCGGCCUGGUUUGGCGUAAACAAGAUUGCUCUGAUGUGGUCUGAAGUUAUAAAUCAUCUCCCAUGACCUACUGAGCCAUGCUUUUCAGCCUCCUGUGUUCCCAAUAUGGCAAAAUGUGAACUUAUUGAACUGCAGGACUUGACUCCAGAUGACCGCAUUGAGUUAGCGCCCCCUAGCGGCCUUCCGCCCCACGCGGGACCCACUCUAGAAAGGUGGAGCAAAGAGAAGGUGGUGCGGAUGGUGGGGGAGCGCGUGCGUCUGGAGGACCCUGACUGGCUGACGUGUAAACCGGGAUGGGGACACGACUUCCAGCCCUGCAGCCAGACGCAGCUGAGCUGGUGCGACCUCUGCGGAGAGUUCAUCUGGGGCCUGUACCGCCAGAGCCUCCGCUGCACACACUGUAAUUACACUUGUCACUACCGCUGUCAACCCUUCAUUCAACUGGACUGCAGCUUGAACUGCGACGCCGUCAGCGAACAGCUAAACUACUGCGAGGACACGAUCGAGACGGACACUAAUGUGGAUGAGCCAGUGGACUGCAGGAAACAGGAGCUGUCCCUCAGUGAAAUACAACAGAAAGUGAAAGAAUACAACGCUCAGGUCAACAGUAACCUCUUCAUGGUUCUGAACCGUGAUGGAUCUUACACUGGCUUCAUAAAAGUCCAGUUCAAGCUGGCCCGACCCGUGUCUCUCCCUCCUCCACGGAGCACGUCCUCCUCCUCCUCCUCCUCCUCCUCGGGACAGGAUGGCGGUUGUCGGGAAGACAAAGCACUGAAGCGCCGCACCUCAUUCUACCUGCCCAGAGACACGGUCAAACACCUGCACAUCAGCUCCAGCACGCGGGCCAGAGAGGUCAUCGAAGCACUGCUGAGGAAGUUCACCGUGGUGGACAAUCCGGCCAAGUUCUCACUGUUCGAACGCAGCGAACGACAGAAUCAAGUGUACUUAAGGAAGUUAGCAGAUGACGAACGUCCGCUUUUCCUGCGCCUGUGUGCUGGACCCAACGAGAAAGUCCUCAGUUUAGUCCUUAAGGAGAAUGAAACGGGGGAAGUUAAUUGGGAUGCGUUCAGUUCUCCUGAACUCCAGAACUUCCUGCGCAUCCUGCAGCGGGAGGAGGAGGAUCACGUGCGGCAGAUCGUGCGGCGCUACGCUCUGGCCAGAGACAAGAUGAAAGAAGCUCUGAAGAACUUCAGCACGCCGGGCUGAAACAAGCUGCUGCUUAUACCUCAGAAACGAAAGAAAUCGUGAAGGAAAGGAUGCUCGUACACAGCUUGUUACUGUUUGAAUCCAAAGAGUGUGUGGAAGAACCCUUUGUCCUGCAGUGGACGUGAGACGGGUCAGAAGUGAAAGGGAAAUGCAGUGAGAGAGGAGUAGCGUGUGUUUAAGCGUGACUGGUGAGCGUGAGAGGAGUGUGACGUUAAACUGGAAGAAAUGCUGCGGUCGUAGCUGUAGAUCCAGAUGUGGAGUGACAUCAUUCCAGUGUGAGCCACAGAUUAUUGGUCUGUGGUGAAUGAAAUACAUCAAUGCAGAUUAUAGAGUAUUUUUAGCAACAUUUAUACAUGUAAUAGGGAAAAAAAGAUUAUUUUAAUGUCUGUAUUAAAAUAGCACCAUUUAGUGAUACAAUACUUGUCAGAUAUUGAAGCACCCAUGUAUAUAUUGGAUAUUCACUGUUAAAUUAAAUAAAAUAAAAUAUUUUUCCCCUUUAA